CCUGGGAGCUGGCGACCUCUGGGCCAACUGGGCAGCCCAAGAGUGAGGUCACUGCAGGGCCGGCAAGUAGGGAAAGUUCUGGCAGGCACUGAGGAAUGUGGGGGGGCGGGGGCCGGGCUGAAGCCAGAGGCAAGUAGCAGAGCCGGAAGUCCUGGGCUCGCGGAGGGUAGAAGGGGCCGCCCUGAGUCAGGGAGAACAAGCCAAGGCCCAGCGGGCAGCAGGAGGACCUCCUCCCUGCUGAGGGUCCAACCAUGCCCCGGCCUGGGGGACGUGGGAGGAGGCCUGGGAGCCUGGGGCCACCGGUGCAUAGCAUUCGGCCCUUUAAGUCCAGCGAGCAGUACCUGGAAGCCAUGAUGGAGGACCUGGCCGAGUGGCUUCGGGAUCUCUACGGGCUGGACAUCAACGCGGCCAACUUCCUGCAGGUCCUGGAGACAGGCUUGGUGCUGUGUCGGCAUGCCAACACCAUCACUGAGGCCGCCCUGGCCUUCCUGGCUGAGGCACCUGCCCGAGCCCAAAGGAUCCCCCUGCCUCGGGCUGGGGUUUCCUGCAACGAGGCCGCCCAGCCGGGUACCUUCCAGGCCCGGGACAACGUCUCCAACUUCAUCCAGUGGUGUCGAAAGGAGAUGGGCGUCCAAGGUAACCACCCUGCACCCGCCUCCCCAGGCCCUUAUCCUGCCAGAAUCCACCUCCUCUCUAAGGCUUGGGCUGCGCUGGAAGUCAGGAGCCAGGGUCCUCUUUCCUCAUUUCGCUUUGGGCCAGCUCAUCGCUGUUUGUGCCUCAGUUUCCCCCAUCACGUAGUAAAUCUUCAAUAA